AUGCCGAAUCGUGCAGAGCAGGAGGCUCUUCGUGCAGCCAUAUACUCGACUCCAAUCAUCGACAACCAUGCCCACCCACUGCUGAAGAGGGAGCACCUCUCCAAGCACGCUCUGCUCACCAUGACAAGUGAGGCCCACGGCGACGCUCUCCCCUCUACCAAGACGUCGCUGGCGCAUGUCCGCGCGGUCAAGCAGCUCUCCAGAAUACUGGGCUGUGAGAGGACCUGGGGCGCCGUGGAGAAGCAGCUCGAGAGCAAGCGCGGCGCUGACUGGGCCGCGUGGACGCGUACAUGUCUGCAGGGCAUCGAAUGCGUGCUUGUCGACGAUGGGCUCGACGGCAUGGACAGUGCCGAGUCAUAUCAGCACUUUGAUGCAUUCACGCCUGGCAAAAGCAAGAGGAUUGUGCGGAUCGAGCCGUUGGUGGAGGAGCUCAUCAGACUCCAUUGCAGCAGAAUGGACCAGGCGAAGGAUGCAUUCAUUGCCGUUCUCCUGGACUUCCAGGGGACUAUCCGCGCAGCGUUGCGUGACACAGAGGUGGUGGGCUUUAAGUCUGUCAUCUGCUACAGGACGGGGCUGGAUAUCAUAGCUGGAGAGCACAGCCCAGACGUGGUUGGUAUCAUGACGACCACAGGCCCAGCAUUCAAAGCCUUUGCCAGAAUCCACGCAUCCAUUGUGGCCGCUGGCGUCCAGGCGUUCAAGCGGCUCGAGCAUCCGAGGCUGAACGGGUAUUAUGUUCAUCUGCUCGCCGCGUGUAUUAGAAACAGCGAGACAGAGCCCAAGAAGCCUAUCCAGUUCCACACGGGCCUGGGCGACAACGACAUACAGCUCACAAAGGCGUCGCCCGCGCACCUUCAGAACUUUAUCAAAUCAUACCCGUCCGUGCCCAUGGUGCUGCUCCACGCGGGCUACCCCUAUACCAGAGAGCUCGGGUACCUGGCCGCCAUGUACGGCAAUGUCUACGCAGACAUUGGCGAGGUCUUCCCCAUGGUCAGCCGAGCGGGUCAGGAGCACGUCGUCAGCCAGAUCCUGGAGCUGUGCCCUUGGGAGAAGAUCAUGUGGAGCACGGACGGGCACUGGUUUCCCGAGACGUACCUGCUGGCCGUCAUGCAGAUGCGAGAGGUCUUUGCGGCCGUUGUUGGCGAUAUGCUAAGCCAAGGCGACAUUGACGUGGAGGAGGGUGUACGUUUGGUGGGAGGGCUGUUGUUCAGCAACGCGAAUCGACUGUAUAAUCUUCGCUUGACGAUGAACAAGUCCUUGAGCGCGUGUAGCUAA